GUAAUUCCAGCUAUAAGCAUGAGUGCGCACUCGACAAGUAAACUUCACCUCAAGUCUCAACUACCCUCAUUUAGCGCGCGCUUCGUUUGGUGCGUGCGUUGCAUUCUGGUAGUUGAGGUAGGUUUCUACGGUAAUGCGCGCAAACGCUUUUAGCUUGAAUAGCCUAUUGCUUACGAGUGCCCUCUCCCAAUAGAAAGAUCUUCGUUUCCUUGCAUUAUCUCUGUGACAACACAUUCCCCUGAAGAAAAAACCUGCCAUGCAGCUGUCUGGAUUAUAAUAUUUUUUGUACAAUUUUCGUUAUUUUACACAGGGGCUCACAAGCAGAGUAAUAAAAGUAAAGGCAACCAUGGAAGAGAUUGAGUCCUCUCACUCCGUGAGCAAUUUGCCAAGACUCUUGACAGCAGUUUCUUGUUUCGAUUUAAUUCUUAUUUACAGGAGGUUUAAACGAAAAAGCUGAUUGAGCUUAGCCAUGUUUUCUUACCGUUUUUCUUUUGUUUUACUACUGUUGUAUGUGCAAUCUUUCUGAUUAGGGACCAAAAAGGUAAAGAUGUGACAAACAAGAAGACAAUCGAGAGGUUCAACCCAGCGAUGGAUAGGGCGGAGACCCUUUCAAGUAAACGCAAAGAGGAAAGAAAGCCCGAUAUGUCUCUUACAAUCGGACUCUCCUUGGUCGGCUGGAAGCCCAGGAACCCUGUGGAUAACGUCAUUGAGUAUCUGGGUGUGGACUUCGAAGACCCGGACAAACCCAAGCUCGACUCUUUCUCGGCUGAAGUUCGUGGUAAAGACUUCUUCGUGGUUGACUCGAGAGGUUAUGGGCACAUUUGGAAAGAGAUGGCCAGGGAGUUUGAGGACAAGAUUAUAUUAAACGCAUUUCCUUAUAAUGUAAAAAAAAUUGUGGGGGCACAUGCCCCAAGCGCCCCAUCCCCUGCUACGGCCCUGCGGGCUCAAAAUGUAUGAUCACGCUAAGUUCAAACUUGGUAUUAAAUAAAUAAUAAAAUCCCACCAAACUACUUUCCAAAAUAGCUAAGAAUUCCAUCUACACUACAUUAAAGGCAGCACAAUCAAGUACAAAUAUUUUUUUUUAGAUUUCUUUAUUUUUUAUCUCAUAGAAGAAUGAACGGCUCAUUUUAACUCGAUAUGUUUACAACAAACUAAGUCACAACGUAGCGUAAUGUGUGAUUUUCAGAAAUAUGAUUCAUGCCCCGCAGGGGAAAUUGGAAAUUCGCUGAGGGUUGGCUCUUUUACUGCCAAUUUCCAGAAAAUAUUUUUAUUUACACAAACAGUGAUAUUGGCUCCUUCGUGGGGUGUAAAAAUCCGGGUGUUGGGAAUUUGGGGCGAGGACGAGGGACGAGGGUCUUUUCUGGAAUAACAGUUUUAUUUGUAUGGACACCGGCUGUAACUAUAAUUGUGUGUGUCAUUUUGAAAUAACUUAUUUGUGCUUCCAUUAAUGCUCAUGUAGUUUUGCUUAACUUCAAUUUGUUUCUUUCUUGAAGAUCACUUACUCAAAUUCCUCAGUGACAGUGAUGACAGAGGACGGCAGAGUAUCUGAAGGCGACUACGCUCUCUCUACAUGUAGCACCAGCGUCCUUGCAAGAGACAUGGUCAAGUUUAAUCCCCCUCUGCCGGAAUGGAAAAUGAGGGCCAUCUACAAAGUCCCCAUGCGCUUUUACACCAAGAUCUUCAUGACUUUUCCCACUGCUUUUUGUGACGAUCACGAGUUCAUCUUGUACGCAGACAGGAAUCGUGGCUAUUACCCGAUCUGGAUGGAGCAAGAUUCUACACAUGACGGUCACUGGAGACGAGUCGCUAAAAGUCGAGGGUCGGAGUGAUAAGCUGAACCAGAAAGAGAUCCUUCGGGAGCUGAGGAAUGUGUAUGGGAAAGACAUCCAAGAACCGACAAACAUUUUCUACAGUAGAUGGUCACGCAACAGGUUCACUCGCGGAUCCUACCCUAACGUGAUGGUCGGCACAACCUCUGAAGACUUCGAUAACCUCCAAGGCUCUGUCAGACGCCUGUACUUCGCGGGUGACGCCACGAGCGAGGACUGGUGGGGCUUCGCCCAGGCCGCUUACCACCAGGAGGAGAAAUGCCCGGGAGAUCCUCAUGUGUGUAUCAAGGGUCCAUUCUGCCCCAAGUACAUCCCCAAGGCGAAUGUUGUACAGGCAGUGACUCUGCCACAAUAUGCCUCGCCGCGAUCUCUUAGUACAGUGGAGUCUCGCAUCCACUCGGAUAACUCGACCUUCCCGCUACUUCAAACCAUGUUUUGUUCCCUUGAGGGUUCGAGUAAAAAGGGUUCCCUCUGUAAAACCUGAAUGCCGGAAUAUCUAAGAAACAAUAACUACGUAAUAACCUGACAGACUGCCUGAGCUGAUACGACUCAAUGAUGCCCUUUAAGUUGAUUUCAAAACGAGAAUGUUGCAGCAGCAAUAAACCUAAUUUUUAAUGAUGAUUGUAAUGAUUCAGCAACUUGAUUGGUGCGGCAUGGGUUGAUCAAAGAUUUCUUUAGGGUCGGAGGCCGCCAUCCCAAGUUUUUCAUUUCUCUUCCGUCCAUUUUUUCCCCCAAAAUUUCAACUUUAAGGCAGGUAGUUUCGAUUCGAUGAAUUUGGGGAAUGAUCGAAAUGAGAUAGAUGGUUAUUUCGAGAUUUCUUCCCAAAACUCAUCUUAAUAUUGAACUCCAGUGGUGAGGUGUGGCUUACAAGAACUCGUUAAAUAUUGGUAAAUAACCACAGACACUCAGCGAGAGAGAGAGAGAGAGAGAGAGAGAGAUGCCUUUUUUAAUGAGGGAUUCACUUAAUAUCACAAUGAUAAUGUACGCAUGGCCCUCAACAGAAACAAAAUUAAUAAAAGCUAUUUACAAAACUGUUUACAGCAAAAUCUUUGACGAAACUAUUUACAAUAACAAUCCUUUGCUGAUUUAUAAACUUAUUUACAGAGU